AUGGAGGACCAGCGCGAGGCAGAGAUGCGACUUGCGCAGAAAGCCCGGGAGGCAGACAUGCUUCGGCAGAAAGAGGAGGAGGAGUGCGUGCGACGGCAAGCGAAAGAGAAGGAACAGCAGCGGCGAGUGGAGGAGUUCCUCCAUGCCAACGGCUUUGUAGCGCUCGACCACGCCAAGCGAGUGCAGGAUGCUUGGUUCUUGCCCUUCAGGGCACGAAGCGUGUAUCCCAUCCACGUUGCCGCAGAGUUAGGCGAUGCAGGGAUGGUGGAGAUGCUGAUCCAGGAGGGUGCCGACCCGGCGCAGCGGACGUCCAACGGCAAAAUGGCCUCCCAACUCGCGCGGAAGCGAAACAAAGGCGGAUCCCAUGACGCAGUUCUGAGAGUCCUUAGCUCUAAGGCGGCCCCUUGUGGUGAUUCCGCUGCGGAGGCCUACAAGAAGGAAAGAGAGCGCCUCUUCGUCUUCGGGGCAUCGAUCUCAGGACGAGCAAGAGUAGCCAACUUUCGCAGCGUGAUGCGGCGUCUGGAUAGGUCCACGGGCGCGCCGGAGUCGCUGUCCUUCCACAGCCAGUCCUCUGAAGUGUAUCGGCCCACAGUUUCUGACCUCGACCUUCAUGACCGGGCGACGGCUGGGGGAGGGCACCUGGUCCCACUAGGCUCCGGCCACGAGGCCAUCGGUGGCAAACUCGCCACGACCGAGGCCGACACAGUUUCCCUCAGACAGGCGCCCGGUGGUGUGAUGGACUCAGCAGGUCCCGCCGCAGGGGGCGCUCCGACGUCCAACAACCUUCGAGGAUUCGGGAGUAUGUUAGCCUCUGCUGCGGCAGGAUCCGAGGAGGGAGCUGCCGGUGUGCAGGGCUGGGCAGGCUCCAUGCUUUCAUACGCGCAGCAGAUGUUUGAUGUGAGCUCGGAGGACGUCGUCAAGCGUCUGAAGCUUGCUCUCGUGCCUUUCCAGGGACUGGAUGCGGCUGCACCAGAUUUCCGCACAAGGCCUGAUUUCUACGGGCCUUUCUGGGUCGCCACCACUGCGGUGCUCUUCUUGGCCGCGACAGGGAACUUCGCGCGGCUGCUCGAGACCGAGGACGAGACGACCUUCAAGUCCGACUACUCCCUCGUCAGCGUGGCUGCCUCGAUGGUCUACGGGCUCCUAGUGGGCGUCCCACUGGCCACGCGGCUGGGGCUCUACUGCUCUGGGCAGUCGGUCGAUAGCAUCAACUUUAAGCAGGUGAUCUGUGUCUACGGCUACUCGCUGACUCCUAUGAUUCCCAUGUCUGUGAUUUGCUUGAUCCCGCUCUCCAUCUUCCGAUGGCUGGCGGUCCUGGCCGGUCUCGGGAUCUCCCUGGUCUUCCUUUGGGGCACCCUCUCGGCAGAUUUGGCAGUCGAGGUACUGUUGAAGGCCUCCUCUGACUGUAUUGUUGUCGACGCCUGGACCGCCAGUACCAACAAGUACCCACCAAGUGGAAGCAUGUACUUGGUCAGAGCAGGUACCUAG